GCCAGCCAUCUCACAGCCCCGCAGCGGGGCUGGUAUUUGGCCUGUAUGGCCCGCGGCUGACGAAGUCCUCCGGAAACGCGCUGGCCCUCCGUGGCCCUCUGGCGGCCGCCGCGCGCUGCGCACGACUCGCCACUUGGAACGCGUUGUGCUUCAUCAGCUCGACGGACAGGAGCUGGCUCCAGUGGUUGACGAUGCUCUCUCGGAAAGCUGUGUCCUCCUCCCUGGGAAUGGAUGUGGGGCGAGGCUUUCGCUUGGCGAGCAUCUUGAGAAAGUCCAUGGUCUUGUCUCCCCAUCUGCCGAAUGUCUCAGCAGCGAGGGGCACGAAGCGGAAGCCGGCUGCUUGGGUGAUUGGUCCAUACUUGUCGAUCUUGUCUUUCUCCGCAAGCUGAGCCGCCUUGCCACCUGGAAGCUGUGCACUACGCCGGUUGACUAUUCGGUGGAAGGGGAUGGGGGAGUUGUCAGGGCGGCAGGGGUGGGCGAUGGUGACAUCGAUCAGGUAGUCACGGCCGUCGAUCACGCAGUAGAUGUUCAUACGCUGGCUUUUGGGGUUGUCGUCGGGCGGGGUCAUAGCGAGGCUGUGCAGAGACACGUCCACAUUGGAGGGAACAUCUGCCUCAGCCAGGAUGCGAACAAACAAGUUGCGCAU